AAAGCUUCAUAGUAAAUGAUCUACAGAUUGCUCGGUUAUUUUUUACAAUGAAAUCUUCACAAUGGUUACUGAUCGCAUUUUGUAUUCUCUUGUGUUUUGUAAAUGCAAAAGGAACGGAAAAUCGGGAUAUCCGAUGGUUCAUACAUCGCACCUCAAUAUAUUACAUUGGUACAGAGGACAAUUACACUUCUAAGGAGGCCAGAGAAAUUUGCAUUCACCAAAACAUGAUGUUCACAAUAUCCUCAAGGGACACCGAAGAAAUUUUGGACUAUGUUACGAAUGUUUAUGGAUUCAUUCCAUCGUUUUGGACAUAUGACAAUGAAAAUUUCAAACAUCUGCCUGGUUCCACUAACACAAAUAAGGAUGGCUGCUACAAGCUGAGUAAACGCGACGCAUCAUUUAGCAAAGCAGAUUGCAAUGAAAAAAUGGGAUUUCUAUGUAGACGCCAAUUUGUGGGGGCUAGCAUGUAUUUCAUCAACGGUACUCGCCAGGAUGUGGACAAAUAUGAUGUGGAAACCUACUGCAAUCCCCAUUCGACAAAAUAUGACCAUGUAGUGCAAUUGUGUUUGGUGCGUUAUUUGACCACGGCCUCCAAAUCAAUGGAGUUGUAAAAAUAUACAAAAGGUGUCUAGGGCAGAAGGGGAAGCACUCAAUUCAAGCCCUAGCGCAAAACAUUUAUGAUCAUAAAACUCGUUAAUCAAUGAAAUAUUUUUUUCCUAAACGUU